AUGGGCAGCACCAGCCUCGCCAAAAACCUGCUCCAAGCAGCACACAUAUCCCCAGAGAUCUACAAACUACGCCCCGACUACCGCGCCCUCCUAAUGGUGGUCGAAGGCAUCCCCCCCGGCCCCAGCGACAACACCAGCGAAACCCUCUUACAAGACGCCGAAGCAUCGGUCAAAGACAUACUGUCCAAAUACCCCGUCACCGAAGUCCCACACAUCGCCGCAUGGCGAGACGCAUACAAAGCCUUUGGGGCGAAACCACAGAAAACACGCAACAGUCUAGAGGCGUUGACUCGUCGCGCAGCAGGUGGUUUACCCCGUGUGAAUCGCCUGACGGACAUCUACAACGCCAUCUCGGUCAAGCACCAGGUUCCGCUGGGCGGCGAAGACCUCGACAAGUAUGAUGGGGCGCCGUUUCUGACACGUGCUACUGGGUCCGAAGAGUUUCGUACAUUUUCCGGGGGUGAGGCACAGGUUGAGUGUGCGGCGGCUGGGGAACCUAUUUGGUGUGAUGAUACGGGAAUUACUUGUCGGCGGUGGAAUUGGCGGCAGGGUCCGCGGACGGCGUUGACGGAUGAGACUACGCGGGUGUUGUUUAUUCUGGAUGCUUUAGAGCCGCUUUCGGAUGAGUCUUUGGGUCGGGCUGCUGAGGAACUUGGGUCUGCGUUGAAGAGGCUGUCUCCUGAUGUGCAGGUUACUCAGAGAGUGUUGAGGGCGUCGGAUGCCAGGAACGGGGAGUCAUGA